AACAUUUUCAUAUUGAUUUGUAGAAUGAUAAUAUCUUUAACAGCUGUCUGCUUCGGGGAGUAAUUUGUAGCCUAACGUAUGUGUCAGCACUUUUAACGAGUUUAUGUCAAGUGUCCUCUCCACCGGCACCAGGCAGCUGUGGCACUCAGUGCUAGCUAGCUGUAGCUGCUAACGGUAGAGCCGUUAUCUCUCAGACAGCUGAACUCCCCCCUCCUCCCCUCCCAGCAUGGCUGCAGACUCGAUGGAGAUUGACGACUCUCUUUACAGCCGCCAGCGAUAUGUGCUGGGAGACAGUGCUAUGCACCAGAUGGCCCAGUCCUCAGUCUUUCUCAGUGGAAUGGGAGGACUGGGAAUUGAGAUAGCAAAGAACAUUGUCCUGGCUGGUGUGAAGGCAGUCACCCUUCAUGACACAAAGCAGUGUGAAACCUGGGAUCUAGGCUCCAACUUCUUUAUCCGCAAAGAGGACGUGUUGAGUCAGAGGACAAGGGUCGAGGCAGUGUGCCCUCGGGUCGCAGAGUUGAACCCCUAUGUCCAUGUGGACAUGUCUCACUGUGCUCUGGACAACAACACUGAUCUCAGCUUUCUUGGAAAGUAUCAGUGUGUGAUUCUGACUGAAGCCAGAUUGAGCCUACAGAAGAGAGUGAAUGAGUUCUGCCACUCACAGCGACCCCCCAUCAGAUUCAUUGGCUGUGAUGCAUAUGGAAUCUGUGUGCGGGUGUUUUGUGAUUUUGGAGAUGAGUUUGAGGUGUCAGAUCCCACAGGAGAGGAGCCCAAGGAGAUUUUCAUCCAAAGCAUCACUCAGGACAAUCCUGGCGUGGUAACCUGCAUGGACAACCAACCCCAUGGUCUGCAGACAGGCCAGAGUGUUGUCUUCAGAGAGGUCAACGGCAUGGUGGAAGUCAAUGGCACCACACGGCAGGUUUCAGUCCUUUCCCCUUACAGUUUUGCUAUAGGAGACACAUCCCAACUACAACCAUAUGCACACGGAGGUUUCUUUGUUUUGGUGAAAACCCCCAGGACCUACAGAUUUGAGACAAUAGAGAGGCAGCUGUGUGAUCCUCAGGUCCUGACUCCAGACUUCAGUAAACCAGAGGCCCCGCUACAGAUCCAUGCAGCCAUGUUGGCUCUGGACAUCUUCCAGGAGCAGCACAGUAGACUUCCCAACAUUGGGUGUUUGCAGGAUGCUGAGGUUUUAGUGAAGCUGGCUGAGGAAGUGAAUGCAACUCUCAGGAACAAAGCUCCUGUGAAUACUGAGUUGGUGCGCUGUCUGUCAAAAACAGCGAGGGGAACUCUUCCUCCGUUAGCAGCAGCUGUAGGAGGUCUGGCCAGCCAGGAAGUUCUGAAGGCCAUCACAGGGAAGUUUGCACCGCUGCAGCAAUGGUUUUUUCUUGAUGCCAUCGAGGUCGUCAGGCCACUUCAAUCUGUUUCUGUCGAGGAGUUUUUCCCAAAGGGCGAUCGGUAUGAUGGACUACGAGCUUGUAUCGGCGAAUCAAUGUGUCUAGAGCUGCACAAGCUUAGAGUCUUUAUGGUUGGCUGUGGCGCCAUCGGCUGCGAAAUGCUGAAAAACUUCGCCCUGCUUGGAGUGGGAUUGGCCAAGAGCUCAGGAGAGGUAUGCAUCACAGACCCAGACCUUAUAGAAAAGUCCAACCUCAAUCGGCAGUUUCUCUUUAGACCACAUCAUAUACAGAAACCGAAGAGUACCACAGCAGCAGAAGCCACUCAUGAAAUCAACCCAGACCUGCAGGUGGAUGCUCACCUCAACAAGGUGUGUCCGGCUACUGAGAGCAUCUACAACGACUCCUUCUACUCCCGCCUGAACCUAGUGGUCACUGCGCUGGACAACGUGGAGGCUCGCAGAUAUGUAGACAGCCGCUGUGUAUCCAAUCAGAGACCUCUCCUGGACUCUGGCACCAUGGGAACUAAAGGACACACAGAAAUCAUUGUGCCAAAUUUGACAGAGUCCUACAAUAGCCAUAGGGACCCCCCAGAGGAGGAGAUCCCAUUCUGCACUCUCAAGUCUUUCCCUUCUGUCAUAGAGCACACCAUUCAGUGGGCCAGAGACAAGUUUGAGAAUUCGUUUGUCCACAAGCCUUCCAUGUACAACUCGUUCUGGCAGACCCACUCGUCAGCUGAAGUGGUGUUACAGAGGAUGCAGACGGGGGAAAGUCUGGAGGGGGCAUUCCAGGUCAUUAAGCUGCUUAGCAAACGGCCUAGCACAUGGGAACAUUGCAUCACUAUUGCCCGUCUGAAAUUUGAAAAGUAUUUCAAGAGAAAGGCCCUACAACUGUUGCACUCUUUCCCCCUGGACACAAGGUUAAAAGAUGGAAGUUUGUUUUGGCAGUCCCCAAAAAGACCUCCAGCACCUUUUGAUUUUGACUUGAAAGACUCUUUGCACUUCACUUUCAUUGUCAGCACUGCACGGCUCUUUGCAGGGAUUUAUAACAUCCCUUACUCAGAAAAGGAUCUCUCUGAAGAAACAGUGAUCAGGGUUCUCUCAGAUGUCAAGAUUCCCGAGUACAGACCCUCAGAGAAAUGUAUAGAGACUGAUGAGACAGCAAAGAAGCCUGAUCACAUGAAGAUGCCUCUAAGCAGUGAAGAGGAGAGGGAGGCCAUCACUCAGCUGGAGCAGGCCAUCGCCUCUGACAGUGUCACAGCAGAGCGGUUACAGAUGAGUCCACUGCAGUUUGAAAAGGACGAUGACAGCAACGGCCACAUGGACUUUGUCACAUCAGCGUCUGCUCUCAGAGCCAGGAUGUACUCCAUUGAGCCCGCUGACAGACUCAAGACCAAACGAAUUGCUGGCAAGAUCAUCCCUGCAAUUGCCACGGCAACAGCUGCUGUGGCUGGACUGGUGGCCCUGGAGUUGAUCAAGGUGGUUGGAGGCAAUGAAUUUGAAUCUUUCAAAAACUGCUUCUUUAACUUGGCCAUCCCUGUAGUGGUGCUGACUGAGCCAGCAGCAGUAAAACAGACACACAUCAGGGACAACAUCUACUUCUCCAUCUGGGACUGUUGGACUAUCUUCGGCCAUGAGGACUUCACUCUCUCUGAUUUCAUGAACGCAGUGAGGGAAAAGUAUGGAAUUGAACCCACUAUGGUUGUCCAUGGUGUGAAGAUGCUGUAUGUGCCUGUGAUGCCUGGACACUCAAAGAGACUCAAGCUGACGAUGCAAAAGCUGAUCAAACCAUCAGUAGACCGCCGCUACGUUGACCUCACUGUGUCAUUUGCUCCGGAGGCAGACGGAGAAGAUGACCUCCCUGGUCCUCCCGUCAGGUACUUCUUCAGCCGCAAUGGAGAGACACCUUGACACCUUCCUCGAUGUCGUCCUCAAACCUCUUGUGUCCUUACUUCCCUUCUUUCAUGUAAAUCGUUGUACCCCAAUAACCCGGGCCAGGGGCCAAGAUCUUUCCUUCAUGAUGUUAUGUGACGAGGACAAAGCUCCUGGCCCCCAACCCCCUGUACGUUAAGGAGCAAGAAAAGACCGAUCCUGGUCUCAGUUUUUCUCGCCCCUGAUCAAGCCAACACGAGGCUGCUUGAGUAGCACUUGACUGUACCUGUGUACAUAUAUUUUCUCUGUUCUGUUUUCUACUCUGGUGAAACGCACAGCUCCGCCUGUGUCGAUGCCUUAAUUGAUGAAUAACCUGUUUCUGUUUGUGGCAGUAAGUCUGACUAAAAAAAAAACUAUGUUUACAGAAACCUGCAUACACACAACCCAAUUCGUCUCAUUUCUGUUUGAAGUUCGCUAGGCUCUAAAGGGGGCGAUGGCAGGACUGCAGGGGUGGUGAAGUGGAUUUAGCAUCACAUCCUCUUCUCCCUCAGAGUCCUCUUUUUGGCUUUGAAAUUAUUGCCAACAGCAGAAUUUGCCAGACGUCGAUCAUCUCUCUCUAUAGAAACCCGUCAAGCCAAUAUUUGUUGUAUAAUUUGGAGGUGCACAAGGUCAGUAGACAACGGCGAAAUCACCAAAGAUACUGAUUAUCAUAGUGUCUGCAGAUGAUUGUUCUCUUUUAUGAUCACUUUGACUGCCUCAUAAAAUCAUUUAUAUCACGAGGGAUGAGGAUUACCCAAAAAUUCCAGAGCAACACACACUGGCUGCAUCGUGAUGUGCUUCAACACAGGUUGAUGGCACGUCAGUUCGUUUAGGAAUGUCCUGUUGAUGAACAUCAGCACUGCUUCUCAGUCAGUUGACUGUGCUUGGCCCCGCCCCUUCACGAUGGUCCGUCAAAUCCACGUUGUCUAUCAGCAAUCUGUCACUGCAGUGUGUUCAGAUCACAGACUGUAUAUUAAGGGGGACUAAGAAACUACAAAUUACACAAUAAAAGCAAUAGAAACUCACAAAAUGUUAAGGAAAGUAGUAUUCUCACAGCUAUUUUCCUUAUUAAACAGAGAUAUACACCUUUGAAUUCAACUUUCUCUCAGUCACUUUUAUGCCUUGUGAACUCAUAAUAAAAUACACUUCAUUUACAAUGAAACAAAAUAAAACUCACCCAAACAGUCUUGGUUACUCUUGCUAGUAAUAUAGUUAGUAAGUCCACUGUUCCGACAGUCACCAGCUCCGGUUUGAUUGAAAUAAAUCCUUAAUUCACCAAGUUAGAAGUAAAAAACAUGCUGCUAUUUCCCCACAGUCUCCCCCUGCUGUUGCUGUCUGCCAGCUGUUAACAGUCCUGUAACUUCUCCCUCCAACGCUAGGUGCUGCUGUGUCUUUCAGCUCCGCUGCCUAUUCCUCCAGUAGAGAUCGGAGACUGGUGGUGUGUGCUGUGCACUACAUACAAUGAGGUUAAUAGAAAGAGGAGCACCUGUAGUAGUAGUAGUAGUAUUAAAGGCAGUAUUAAAAAUCAUGCCUUUGGGAUCUCUAAAUACCCUGGUAUACAGCAAGUAUACCAUGAUACUGUCAAAGCCUAAUAUAUUAUCUAUGAUUCAAAUGAACGGUGAUUGGUUUCCCCGUUUACUGCCGCACCUUCACAGGUGGAUAUGCAGGGAGCUACGGGGAAGCCAAACACUUGUUCAUCGGUACAUGCUGCGAUGACACCCAGAUGGUUUGAGUCUGGAUGGAGUAUCUGCAAAGGUUCCCUCUUCACUCUCUGGUUCCUGUUAAGCCACGCAGGUCUUAAUUCACUGUUAAAAUCAUUAAAAAAGAAAAGUAUGUUAAGUAAAUUAAUACACAUUCAGUAGCUAGCAAGUUAAACCUACACUUUUCAAGAUAUAAUUUUGUUUUUACAUGCCCCCUGUUCAGAAUCCACAAAACAAGCCUUAAAUCAAAAAACGAUUGCAUGAUAGUCAAUGGUGCGCAGGUCUGUAGUUGUGGGACCCUGGUUGGACCUGGCUGAUGCAGCGCUGUGAUUGGCCAGUCUGGAUUUGAGUGGUGGGACUUAGCAAAUGGUCAAUUCACUUACAACAAAUAUCACAGCAGAUGUGUGUUGCACUAAACUUUCUGGGUAAAAACACCCACAAAUUGUAGCUGCUGGUCAUACCGAUCAUGUUAAAUACUUUGGUAAUAACAGCACUAACAUCAGUUAACACAUUUGGAUGAACAAUAUCAUUAGCUUAAGUAAUAGCAUGAGUUCAGUGGCUGUUUCACACACAGAUGUGAAACAUCUGUAACACUCCUACUGUUUUAAAGCACCUUUUUUAAAAAAAAAAUACACCAACGAAAAAACAAUCUGUGCUGUUCAUGAGUUAUUUCAUCUGUUUAUGGAUGUGUGUCCAUGACUUGUAUUUAUUUACUUGUUACUCGUUUUUGUCACUUUUUGGUGUCAAACUGAGCCUGUGUUGAUGAGCUCUGUGGAGUCAUCGUACACUGGUUAAUUGUGAAUCAACGAUGAACAAAAGUCAGAUUAAAUGUUUAAGAGUAAAUCAUCCUUUGGUUUAGUCGCAGUUUAAGGUUGUGAACGGGGUUUUAACCCUUUAAAACCUGAGCCAACUGGCUUCAUUCCUUUUAAAAACAUUGGAAGAAGGCAAUGAACAAAAG